UAUAGAUAUUAAAUUUUUUGUGUCGAUAGGUGAGUGAGUAACCGCAUUUUACUACAUUAAAAUAUUUCUCAUAUGAAAUAUUUUAAUGUAGUAAAAUGCGGUUACCCGCCUAUCGACAGCGAGACUCGCUGAGCGAGUCGAUUAAUCGAGACUAGCCGGAACGCCGAGCGCGAACGGCGUGAGCCAUGGCUUUCAUCUCCACCACCUGAUUGCCGCCUGACUACCGUCUUGGACUUGGAAGCCCUGGUCGCAACCGUCACAGAAAAAAAGAGGGACCUGCAAAGUGAGAGAUGUGCAAAGAAUCUUUGCGAGGCGCGGACAUUCUUGUGGCAGUUUAAAGCAAGCAGGAUGUGACAAAGUCGGAGUAGAACCACCAUUUUCUUUCCCGACUUAAUUCAAAUGGUAACGGUGGUGUUUAAGAGCGCGGAGUAAAUCUCGAGGUUUAUCAACCGAGAAUCGUUUGAGUUGUUUGAUACGGGGGCUCGGAGAACCCAGAUUUGUCAACGGAUUUUUAAGUCGAGCGGAUUUGUGUUCAAAAAUUGAAAAGAAAAAUGUCUGGCCGCGCCUUAUUAGAUAACCAUCAAAGGAUUAAAGGACGUCGCCAGACAACUUGAAUUAGACUUGCGCGAAACGCGGGCAGCAAUUAAGGAUCGAAUAUCAGAUUAUUACGAUGCCCAUGGAUGGCCAAAGCAAUUAAUAGUGGCCGGGCCCAACUUAGUCGAAGAUCGAAAUGCAGGGGACGUCAAUUCAGUGUCAAGGGAUGACACAAACUCUGAAGCGGUUUUUCCUCCCAUUCAUAUGGCAGAAGCGGCAAAUGCGGGAGCGCCUAAUGCAUUCGACCUGAAUGUGAUAGCCCAAGCCGUGGCACAAAUUGUUAAGAACGGAGCACCCGAGACCAUUCCAGGUACCACGAUUGGAUAAACCGUUGUUGCGUACCAUGAUGAGUGAGAGCACGAAUUUGCAAGCAUUUUCAUCACAAAACUGGGGGCAAAUAAAAUUUGCUUCAAAGCUAAUCGCAAAAUUUUCUAGUAAAGAAGAUAAAAGUGUGGAACGCUGGAUUGACAGAUGCAAUAGCAUCACUCAAAAACGUAGAGUCUCAGAAGAAACUCUAGUAACUGCUGCCAUAAAUCAAUUGGAGGCACAAGCGCAGUAUUGGUAUAAUCAUCAAAAAUCAGAAACCAUUGUCACAUGGCUUGAUUUUGAAUCCAAGGUGAGAGCAUACUUUGUAAGAAGGGAGUCAAUAUCAAUGAUUAUUGCGAGAAUGAAUAGUCGCACGUGGAAAACAAAUGCAGAAAAAUUCCUCAAUUACGCAGUGGAUAAAUUAAAUUUAAUGCAAUUCUUGCAACUUUCUGAGAGAGAAAAAAUUGAAAUGCUCACUGACGGAGUGAAAAAUCUGGCCUUACGGAGAUUUGUCAUUGAUAUGCAAACGGAGACGGUGCCGAGAUUCAUCAGCCGAAAGCGGAGAAUGGCGUACCUUUCCAUCGCUCAGAAAAUAGAGAAACGCGACCUGGUUGGAGGCGUAAUAAUCAAACUGUGCCUAAUUGCACUGGAUGCUAUGCAAAAAGGCAUACGAUACAGAAUUGCUGAUCUAAGGACUAGACAUGCAGCAAAUGUGGACAGAAAGGUCACGGAGCGUUCAGGUACCCGACAGGAAGGACGGAAACAGCACUAGAGUCAACCAUCUGGAUCAGCCGAGUUCAUCGGGGGCAGAACAACCUACGUUAUCGGAUAAACUAACCAGUAGCAGCGUAUACGUCAUCAAAAAAAGAUCACUAUUUAUGAAAGUACGGACACUCGAAAAUAAGGAUCAGUCAUUUUUUGCGUUAAUCGACACCAGAAGCUCGGAUGGAUUCUUCUCGAAGUUUGAUCUUCUAGAUGGCUUUCACCAGAUUGGUGUACACCGAACGACACAAAAUACGUUGUCUUUGCGACGCCGAUGAGCCAGUACAAGUUUAUUAAAAUGCCGUUUAGAUACUCGGAAGCGCCUGCUGAGUUCCAGAAGAGAGUUCUUUAAAUUGUCGAGCCAUUGAUUAGAGCGAGUAAAGUACACGUGUAUAUUGUACACGGACGAUAUUUUGUUUACUACUAAAACGUUAGAGGAAAACUUGAGAGUGAUUGCCGAGGUACUUAUAAUCUUAAAAAAAUACCAACUAUAAUUAAACUAUUCAAAGUGCCUGUUUUUAACCCUUAAACACGUAAGUGGGUCUGAGAGACCCCAUAUGAAAUUUUGAACGCUUGCUAUGUGAAGACGGAAUGAGAUAGGAGGUUUGGAUCAAGACGUAAAAA